AUGUUUCCUGGAACUUUUUCGACAGGAGUCAACUUGUUUUCCAAGAUCUUGAAUCCAGAUGGGGUUUUAUGGGUAUACUAUAUGGUUAGAAAUAUAUGGGUUGCUCGAAGAUCUGUUCUUAUAACUGGACCAUUGGAUGACAAAAUGUGCAUCGUGUGCAUGGAGGAUUUAUCCCAUGCGGACCAUAUUACAAAUAACAAAUUGAAACCCAAGAGACUCCCUUGCAACCACAUGUUGCAUCUAGGAUGUUUGAAAAGCUGA